GUUGGAACCCAUGAUGGAGGCUCGGGCCAUGCCCUCGCUAAGCACUGACCAAAGUCCCCGCUCAGCAUUGGCCAUUGCUCCACUGCUAAAUUGGUUUCUCCUUUUCUACACUUUUCUACUCUAUUCUUUUGACGUUACGUAUUUGUCAAACAGUUUCUUGGAAGACUCCAGAAACUCUUCCUCUCUCUAUAUAUAGAGGAAGAGAUUGCAUGUAUGUAGUCUUCACGCACUUCUUAAUUGAACAUUCGAAACCUCACCUUUGAGUUGUUCAAGGUCUGGCCUCUCACAGUGGGCAUAUCGCUCGUAUGUAACCCCGCAAGUGUUUUUUCUUACUUGCAAAAUCAUAGUGACGCUAUUAUCAUUGGCUUAUCCCGAUACAGACUGGUAGGACGAUGGCCCUGGGUGGCCGAAGACGUACUCAGAAAAUAUGGUUUGUGCAACAUGUUUCUACACAAUUCACUUACUGAUGGUGAUGUUCGCAACAGGCGAUGUUGUCAGGAUUACUCCUAAUGAGUUACUUUUCGUAACCCCACAGGCUAUGACCGGUCAGUUUGGCAGCGACAAGCCCAACUUUGAGACAAACUAAAAUAAUAAAGAUCUUUAUAGCUCUCAUCACAAAAACCUUGAGUUAUUUCCCAAGAUUUAAGCAGGGAACCAUGGAAAUGAUAAACAUGGCGGCCUCAUAUGGGAAUGGGAUCCCGUUCGACACCGCCAGGUGGCAAAACAGUUAUCAUCAGCUUUCAGUGGGCGGGCACUUAAAGCCAAAGAGACGACUCUUCACAGUUAUGUCGAUUGAUUUGUUGAGCAGAUAAGAAAGGUUGGUGGAGGAGAGAAAGGAGUCAGUAUGCCUACUUGGAUUAAUUGGCUGUGCGUGGAUAUCUCAGCCGAUAUGGCGUACAAUCGAGAGAUGAAUGCUAUGCGAGAUAGUAAGAUUCCCCCUUACAGUAUCCAUUAUACAGAAACUUUGAGCGACAGCUGACCUAAAACAAGUGAAAGAUCCGCAAUAUUUAACCAUUCUCGCCGAUUUCAACAAAGCUAUUACCGUGAUCCAAGCAUCAUGGCGCUUUCCACUUCUCAGUCCCUUCAAGUAUUUUAUUCCUAGCAUUGGCUUCGACGAAAGACCAUUCCCACAUCAGAAAGCACAGUCGUCAACAAUUGGAACUUCGUAUCAGACGCAAAGGUGCCGUCGAGCACCUUGACUUCUUUGAUCAGAUUGUUCCGGAAGAUCGAGAGCCUCCCAAAGAUCCAUUCGAGAUGAGACACCUCGAACAGGUCGCGGGGCAAUUGUUAGUUGCAGGUUACGAGCCGCCGGCAAUCUGGCUAUACCACACUAUCUUUUAUCUUGUGAAGAAUCCUAGAACUUUGGAUGUUUUGACCCAGGAAAUUAGGUAUGCUUUCGAAAACUACCACGAUAUUACACCAGGCGGCGCAGCGAAUUUGCCAUAUUUGACUGCCUGCCUUCAAGAAUCAUUGCGUGUCAUGCCAUCGGUUCUUAAUGGAAUGCCUGUCAUCAGUCCAGGUGCGGUGGUCGACGGGACUUUCAUUCCCAAAGGAGUAGGCAGACCAUAUCCCAUACCUGACAAAAUACACUAACGAUUGGAUCUCUAGGUCGUCUGCCAGAGUAGCACCUUCGGCCUAGCUCGGGACCCACGCAACUUUCACGAGCCUUUAACUUUCUGCCCGGAGAGGUGGCUGUCCAAGGAGCAUGCACUAUAUGAGCCGCGUUUUGAAAAUGACAGCCGAAAGGGCUUCUACCCUUUUAGUCAGGGCCCUCGAGCAUGCCCAGGAAAAGUGAUUGCUUGGUGGCAGAGUCGCUUGUUCAUUGCGAAAACCUUGUGGACUUUUGAUUUGGAGAUGGUGAUAGGGCAGGAGGUGGACUUGGAUAGGGAUUUGAGGGGCUGGGGGAUAUAUAUGAAGCCGGAGAUGUUUGUGAGAUUCAAGGAGAAGAUGUAAAGACUGACCUGGAUGUCACAAAAUAAGCCAAUUGGAUGAGAGCUGUAAUGAACAACAUCCGAUAGCGGGAUAUAGGACGUCGGAUUGACACUUUUCAUAGAUAACAUGCUUGUUGGAUAUUCAAGGCUUCUAUCUUUCUCAUUGAAAGCGGAAGCGUGCAUUCGCGAGAAAUCACAAGAAAGACUUGGCACUAGUUGCACUACAGCUAGCUUCAUCUACGUUUUCGGACCAAUGACAAAACGUCCUGCUAGAAGAACAAUAGAGUAAACUAGGAUAUGACUACAAGCCUUUGAGACUCGAACAUUCGUUACGGUUUACGGUUGAACAUAUGUGGAAGCGUAUUACCUUCUAGAGUAGUAGAGGCUCCUUCCGAGCACACAAAUGAAUUUGAUUGUCCAUUUACUGUAUCAAAUUUUAAGAGACGUCGUCGUUACUCUGUAGACACCUCUUAGAUAAUAUUAUUCUUUAAGCCUUGCGCAACUCAAAUGGCUAUACAAAUAAGUCAAGUAAUUUUUCCUUGUUAG